AUGCCGUCCCUGACGCGUGUGGCGCCGAGCAGGCUUGUCCCCGGCGCCAAGGGAGUCUUCAUUACACGUGCGCUGAAAAAGUUCACGCCGGUGGAAGUCGCCCCACCGCCUGACGCCAUUGCACCCCCGUAUUUAGUGAAUCUGCUUCGCACACCGCCGCACGCAAUCUCGCUUCGACGCUUUUUGGCUUUGCGGCACCAGUUCAGCAGCGGCACGUACUUCAACGUGGCCACCCCGGGUGGGUGGUACUUGAUCGUACCCGGCAACCACGCCCCACUUGCCGACCUCGCGGGUCUGCAGGCGUGGCGAGAGCGGCAUCACCAUCGCUACGAGCAGAAAGCCACAGGACGAAGCAGGAAGAAAUGCGAGGCAGUGAAGUUGGGACAAGGUGCAAAGGCACACAAAGGAACACCACCACCACUUGGGACGCACAAUGAUGGCGGUGAGGGGGUUUCUCCUGCCGCAGCACAGGAGGAGUUCCACCAGGGCGACGAUGUUGGUAACGACAUGGAGGAAGAAGAGGAGAGUGCGGCGGAGGCGGAGGGUGUUGGCGCCCAUGCAGCGGCAGCGUCUCCCUCCGGCGCCGGAAGUACGCUGUCUCGAGCGUCACGGCUUGGGGCGCCGCCGGUUGUCAUUCCCGAGGGGCAUCUGUUUGAGAUCAAUGACGGGGUUCUGUGGGAAACGCCUCCGCAGGACGACCUUGGCAGCCCCGCCUACUGGAGGCAGCACAGGCUGCGUAUGCAAUUGUACGACGACACCAGCGUCAGCGCGGAGCAGGGAGAGUUGCUGGGGCCCACACCGGGCGAAGCGGGGCAUAAAGAGGCGCCUGGCUACGUGGAGCGGGAACGCUACGCCCAGGCGCAAAGACUCUUACAGACCUUAACGCGUAAGGCCAAUGUGAAGCUGAUUGUCGACGACGAUCGCCGUCUCUUGACGCUCGUUCCUAUCAUUGACCUGAAGGAGGGCGAUGAGCUACUGCUUCAUUACGGCCGUGAGUGGUGGUCGCAGCGGCUACUUUCCACUCUUUUCAUGUCUGUGGCCGACAGUGAGAUGCGUGAUGUCCGCUGGAUUGAGGCACUUUUCACGAAGCCCACUGACGUGAGCCGACCGUUUCCCCUGCUCUGCUCUGCCGUGGCGCGAAGGAGGCUGCCGAAGCGGAUGCAAACGGGUCAAACUGUGCAAGCUGCAGGGGUGACGAAUGCUGAGACUGCCGUGGCUGCCACAGCAACGCGGCAGGAUGCGUUGGUGCUGUACAACGUGGUGACGCGUCGAAAGGCUACAGAUGCGGAGGCGCUUUUCUUCGCCGUGCGACGGAGCUGCGUGGAUCGGAGUUUUUUUUCCUCCCUUCUUGGGCCGGCUGGCGCCGGCGUGUUUGACGUCGCACGCUGCGACGACGAGGUGCCACUUCGCCAGCUGCGCCGUGCGUUGCUGCAGUCGCUGCGUCAAGAAGGCGUUUCGGCCGGCACUCCGGCGGCCCCCGGCUGCGAUGCUCAGGAGGAGGAGGAGGAGGGGGACGACGGCGCCCUCAGCUUCUGA